UUACUUCCUUACCUUCUCGAACUCAACUUUAACAGAUCAAAUACGAGUAAACUGGUUUCCCUUCAUCUGGGCUCACAGCCAACGACAGUUCUCUGUCACAUGGGAGAUUUUGGAUGUGGACAUGGAGGAUGGACGCCAGUCAUGAAGAUUAACGGCAACAAGGUACCAUGCGGAAUCGAUUUUUUAUCGAUUGCGUGCCAUGAUCGACCACUUGAGAGAUAUUUCUCCACAGGUGCUGACUGACUUAUUGACAACGAGGGCGACUUCCGCUCUCUGUUCAUGUCUCUGGCUGACAUCUCCUUGACUAAGGGGUAGAUACUUUAUGUCAAAUGGGUUGGGAGGAGGGAUCGUCUCAAACUUUCUAAAAACGAUCAGGAGGAUAUGGUGGAUAAUUAAAAAAGCAGUAAUGAAUUUAUAUCAUAUUAUAAAUUAUUCUCCCAGAGUACCUUUCACUAUGAUUCUGGUUACUGGAGUAAUAAAACUGAAUACAACACUGCUGGAGGGGAGACUGGAUUCGACUCACAAGAGACCAAGUUGCCUACUUACUGGGACACGUCCUUCUCCAAGAUCUGUCUCGGUAUGAAGAUCGGUGAACAGAUCAGAUUCAUUGUAAUCAAUAUGAAGGCCAGCUCUCUUUACUCAUUGAUCGCUGACGGAAAAUACCGAAACACCUCGUUGGGUCGUGACUCGUGGAAGACACUCAUUGGCUCAGAGGCCUCCCUGCAGUCUGACUGUAACAAGGAAGGGUUUAAUGUUAUCUGUGGUGGGUCUGGUUUUUCCAAAGCCAGAAUCGGCAUAGCUACUAACAACCAGAAUCACUGCAAUUCUUGCGACUCCAGGAUUGGGUUUGGUACAGGAGGGCACCCUGAUGACUCUAACACAUGUGGAAACGAGGCUUCGCUUUCACCGGAUAAAGGAGAUAAACACAUUAAAGCCAUGGGUUACAUUUUGGUGUAUUGA